GGGGGCGCGCCCGGGGGCUCCGCGGAGCAUGCCCGCCGCCCGCGCCCGGGAUGACUCCCCAGCAGCGCGCUGAGCUGCCGCCGGGGCAGAGCGAGGAGGCGGCGGGCGCCCGGCCUCUCCUGGCGCCGCGGAGCAAGAAAAUGAAGCCCAUUGUUCAGAGGAGGCGCUCGACUUCUGCAGCCCUGAGCAAAGCACUCAGCAAGUCCAAGUGCCACUCCAGCAGGGAAAUUAUUUUUUCCUCACCCCAUCCAGAUAAUGGGUUGCCGGCUGGGGCCUUUGGUGACUCCAAUUCUGUUUUCAUCUUGGACGAGCAUGUUCAGCUUACCCUGGGCUUACAGACGCAAGAGCGGCGCUUGUUCCUCUUCAGUGACAUGCUAAUCAUUGCCAAAGCCAAGUCUUCUUCCAGCUUGAAGCUGAAGAAGCAGGUGCACCUGAAUGAGGUAUGGACAGGCUCCUGCUUCAGUGAGGUGUCGGAGAAAAAGAUGAACCCUGAGACGUCCUUUGUGAUCGGCUGGCCCACCACCAACUACGUUGUCACUUACAGCUCACCUGAAGUGAAGGAAAGAUGGCUGUCCACACUGCUCUGGCACAUCGAUGAAGUGAAGAGGACUGAAUAUCCCAGAAGUCUACCAAUGCCGAUUUUGUUGAUGGAUGGUGAAAAUAGCUCCUCUAACACAACGUUAAGCGUCUCCAACACAGAAACAGUCGAUGACACCAUUAAGAAGGCAACUCAGCAGCUGGGCCUCCUGGGCAGGCCGAGUGACUACCAGCUCUGGGUAAUACCAGGAAGGGACAACCCUGCGUACCCUUUUAUUGGCCAUGAGCACCCCUUCAGUGUCAUUCUGAGCUGCCUCCGGGACUCUGCGGACCAGCUCCAUGUAUCCAACAAUAACACGCUGCUGACUGAUGACUAUGAAAAGUCCCUCGUGGAUCCGCUCCCUGGAGAUCGGCAGUGUCAGUUCAUCCUGAAGCCCAGGCCCCAUGUGCCAGUGCGACUGCAAGGAGAAGCCUUGCAGAAGCACACCAAGCGGAAGAAGUCUUUGAUUGACUGGGCUCUCCGCCGAAGUACCAGCACCCCAACUGGCAGCCCGGCGUCCCAGUCGCCAACCACACCACGGAAGCUCUUCGGCCUGUCCCUGGCAGCUGUUUGUCCUGACGGAAGCCUUCCCAAGCCAAUUAUGGAUAUCCUCCAGCUCCUCUACCAUGAAGGCCCCUCCACAAGAGGCAUCUUCAGGCGUUCGGCCAAUGCCAAGAUCUGCAAGGAGCUGAAAGAGAAACUCGACUCUGGAGAUGACGUCCAGGUGGAUGGGGAAUCGGUCUUUGUGGCUGCCGCGGUUGUAACGGAUUUUCUGCGAAAUAUUCCUGACAGUGUUCUGUCCUCAGACAUGCACAAGCUCUGGAUGGAAGCCAUGGAUAAGGAAAAGCGUGCGCAUAAGAUCGAAGCAAUCAAAAGUUUAGUGAACCAGCUCCCAGAAGCCAACCUCAUCUUACUCAGACACCUUUUCGGAGUCCUGCAUCAGAUUGAGCAGAACUCCACAGAGAAUCAGAUGAACGCCUUCAACCUGGCCCUCUGCAUUGCUCCCAACAUGCUUUGGCUGCCCAGCCCAACGGGGCCGGAGGAGGAAAGCAAGUCCACCAAGAAGGUAGCCAUGUUGGUGCAGUUCCUAAUAGAAAAUUCAUCUGAAAUCUUUGGCGGGGACAUCACAGAGCUCUUCCAACGGCCAGAGAAGGACAAGUCCCAGAGCGUGGAUGACUUCCUGGUUCAGCACAAUGACUCCUCCGACGAGCUGGAAUAUGCCGCUUCCUACCCGGAGAGAGCAAAGCAGCAUUAUGCCCUCGAUGCAGACAACGGCCUGUUCGGCCCGUCCGGAGGGGAGCGCGAGGACUGGGACCUGUUCAGCGAGAUCACAGCCUGCUACCAGAGCAAGGCCCGGAACGACGCCAGUGCGGACAGCUACGAGCUCCUGGGGGAGGAGGGCUCCUUCUGCUCCAUCGGCUCCCUCUGCUCCCUGAGCCCUGCCAGGGACCGGUGCUCUUCUGAGCCCAGCGUCUGCCUGAGCUCCCAGCUGCCCUCCCAGGAGCACGAGCCCGUGGCGCGGCAGUCCAGCUGUGAUGCCACCAUCAUGCACAGCCACGGAGAUUACAUUCGGAGGCUUAAGCAGUUGCAGCUGGAGAGCCAGAAGCUGAUCGAGGAAGGCCUGAGCCCUCGCCUGAGCAGGGCGAAGCAGAGCUUCUGGAGGUCCCCGCCGAGCUGCCUGCUCACGAAGAAGCUUGGCUCCCAGAAGGCCAGCCUCUCCAACAGGUCCAGCUUCUCCAGCCUGUCGUCCACCACCACCUCCCCCUCCGCCUCCUCGCUCAGUUCCCUGGACAGCGCUUUCUCUUACUGCUCCGAGUCGUCCGCCUUCAGCCCUACGGAAGUCUCAUCCCUGCCCUUUAUGUUCGGCACGUCCACCAGGCUCCACAGCUUGUCUCCAAAGGUGGCAAGGAGGUCCUUGAAGGAAUGGCACAAGCCCCUGACCGCUCCCUCUCCUUACAGCUUGGAUGCUGGAAUGGAAACUCAGAGUCAGUUUGACCAGGAGAGCAGCUGCAGCAGAGGGAAGGGCCAGGUCUUCAUGCCCAUCACGGCCACUGGAAGCCCACUCGGUGAGGGCAUCUGGCCUGGGGACAAGGAAGAGGCAAGGCAGGUGGAGGUGUUCUCCCAUGCCCUUGAAAGCCCCUCUUCUGUAAACCUAGAACUCUGCACUUCUGCCUCUAAUAUCGAGUGCCCUGCAAGCCAGCGAGUGCAGUGGGAGAAAUCCGUGAAGCAUAUAGAGAUAAAAUGCCCCGAAGCUGCCCCUCGUGGCCAAGAAAGCUUGAAGCGCACCAAGAUAACAGUGUACAUGGCCCCCAAAGAGAGAAGUCCAAGGGAGUCUCCAGUGGGACACGGCGAGGAGGAAGCUGCCAGCAAUAGGAGCACCAGCUCCGUUGGCGGCGGUGGCCCAGGCGCUCCCAAAAGCCUACAAACAGUGAGGGUCCACAUCCCCCAGACAGUGUUUUAUGGGCAAAACACUCCUUUGGUACUCCAGUCCAUCUCAAGGAGGCACCACCACGGACCAGUGGUCCAACCGGCCGAGGCGCAGGCUCCUGAAAGGGUGCAUCUUGUGGAACCGCUGGAAGCCGCCGCUCAGCCGGGGAGCUCUGCCGGCAAGGACGAGAGCAGUGUCUUCAGCCACACGUUCCGCUUCUUCCUCCCAGCCUCCAUUCGCAACACGGUCCGGGAGUACUUUAGUCAGGACAGCUCCAAGGACCACUGCCUGCCAGAGGCAGAAGUGGUGGAGAAUGAACUGCUGCGGCAAAGGGCCGAGUGGCUCAGAGCCCAGCCCUGUCCCGGCCCUCCAGCCGAGGAGCACAACAGCUUGCCGUUUGCUGAAGAGACCUUUGUGUAGGAGCACCACCCCACGGCUUCGCGUCUUGGAGGGAGCGCUGUUUGCGGAACUGUUGUGUAGAAUGUGAGGGGUGAAGAAUCGGGCAGGCAGCCUAGGCCAGAGUGGCAGGAUGAGUGCCUCGUCGGUCAUCCGGCUCUUUCCUUCUCAACCAGGUGUUUUUUUGCCCAGCCAAAGAAUAGGAAGAAAGGUUUGUACUAGCCUGAGGUGGGACUUCUCAGCAAGCUUUCAAUUCCAUCUCACACAGAGGUGAGCAGGCAGGAAAGGCCCAAGAAGGAAAGCCUUUUCUGGGAUCCCUUCAAAUGUCAGAGUCAACCCACAAAAUGUUGCCAGUGGUUUGCUUUUCAGCGUAGUGUGACGUGAGAACCAACAGAUUCACUGUGGCUCAGCGUCAGAUUUUAUCCCCCGCCUGUGUUCCUACUCUCACUCUUGCUUGGGGUAGACAGAAACACGCUGCUCUCAUUUUAUUGAAUUCGUCCAGCCAGCCAUGGGCCCUUGAUGGUCAGAAAGGCGGGCUAAUAUGGAACAUAAAAAUGAAUCUUCCUGAACCCAUUUGUGGCUGCUCCAUCGGUUUUUAAUGAAGCCAACCUCCCACGAGGUUUCCCGUGUUCCUCAUGCUAUACCUGGAUUUCCACAGGCGUCUCAAUGAGCUGAAUAUUCACUGCCUUUUGUUAUGAGUUGCGCCUCACAUCCCACAGGCACCUUUCACAGCCCCAUUCUUACCCAUAACAGGGCUGCCAGUGUGCUUCCUCUGUGUUUUCUCCAUUAAGACCUAUUUAUUCCAGUUGCGACCCUAAUGAGGGGAGUGUUAAAGGUUGGACGUUUCAGGUCUAUCCUUUCCGUUCCAAGGUUCAGGUUAAUUCUUCAACACUUUUUGGGGGACCUGGAAUGGUUUGGUGUUGCGUUGUGUUGUGUUGAGGGAAGUUUGGAAGUGGUUACGUGAGUGAGUGUGCAGGUGAGGUGUGGGGCUGAGCUGGUAAUCCCAGUGUUACAAACUGGCUGCCCUCUUAUAUCAGGGAAAUCUGCAGAAGCUCCUCUGGGGUGUUCCGGACUGCCCACGGUCUUGGGCUUUCAGUACGCGAAACACAGGCCUUGAGUUGCACAACCUAAAUUUUGGCCUGUCUUGAUUCUGCCUUGCUUCAUAUGAAAAGAAAUUAUUUGUUAAACAGGUACUAGUUUUCUCACAAUGCUCCCUCUUUUUGCAAUAGGGACACUAUGUGAGCAUGUCUUUUCUUUCAACCAUUCUCCUUUUCCUUCCACAUCCAACUGAGUUUACACAGUUACGGAUUCAGGACAGGCACCUUGAUAAUUUCUUCUGCAAAUGUCUUAAUGGAGGCAGGAAAGGGGGGCUUACAAACUUAACUCUUUGUCAGUGCUAAAAUUAUCUCAAGGUGCCUCCCAGCCCUCCUGAAAAAGAUCUGCUACAACAAAGCUGUCUUCUGCCAUCCAGGGAAAAUGUGCAAAAGCGAUACUGACUGAAGCCAUCCAAAAUAAAACUGUAACUGGCAUGUCUGUCACACCCCAGGGUGUUUCUGCAUAGAUUGUGACACGAUGUGCAACGCGCUCAUUUCCAGAGAAACAGCAGGUCUACUCAGAAGCCAGUAAAACGGUUGAGCCUGCAUAGAAUUGCAUCCUUCGGGGUGCUGAGCGGGCCACAUGGUCCGAAAAAGGAAACCAUCUCGGCUUAGUGGAAAGAAAGAGGGGAAAUAGAGUGGUAUUAACUGAGAAAAUGUGCAAAGAUGGGAAGAUUUUUAAGGAAGGUGUUAUUUGAAUGCUGUGCAAGGUUUUUAGAGUUUAGCCACACCUCAAAGGAAGGUGGGCCAUAAAUUGUGUUUGUUUGCUUGAACUGUUGCUGUAAGCAGCCUUAUCUCACCCCAAAUGACCUUCGUGAGCAUUUCUUUUGUUGCAAGCUGGCACCUAAAUGCGAAAGAAGGGUCUCUCCUUGUUCUUGAAGGCUUUUCAGUAUCGGUCAGUCUAGAGCUGUGCUCCCAGACUCAGGGCUGUUGGUCAGACUGGCUGGGAAUGAGUGAGGUUGCCACCUGAGACAUCCAAGGCUACCCACUUGGGGAAGGAUGCUCUGGAUUGUCCCAGCUGGAUUUUAAACUGGAAGAAAAAGAUUGUUCCUGCCAAUUCUGUUUUCUGUUUAUUUCUGGCCUCACUCAGGUUGGUGGCUGUUGUAUGAGGAAAACUGUCAGUUCCCCACGGUCCUGUCUUUUGCACAUUAGCUCCUUCAAAAGAUGCUCUCCUUCUCUUUGAAGUGCCUAAGCAAUGGGUGUAAAUAAUCCAAUAAAAGAACACAAUUUUAUUUGCCA